GGGAGGAUGGAUGUGGGGAGUGGCUGAGAGGGAAGGGCAGAGAGAAGCCAUGUCCCCCUCCUCACUCCAUCUCCACACAGGAGCCAAUGCACAGCCUCCCCAGCCCAGAGAGCUGUGCCAGCAUUGAGAAGCUCUAUGCCCUGGGUGCCAGCAUUGAGGUGCUCUGUGCCCUGGGUGCCAUCAUUGAGGAGCUCUUUGCCCUGGGUGCCAGCAUUGAGGAGCUCUCUGUCCUGGGUGCCAGCAUUGAGGUGUCCAGAGAGCUGUGCCAGCAUUGAGGAGCUCUCUUCCCUGGAUGCCAGCAUUGAGGAGCUCUCUGCCCUGGGUGCCAGCAUUGAGGUGUCUAGAGAGCUGUGCCAGCAUUGAGGAGCUCUUUGCCCUGGGUGCCAGCAUUGAGGUGUCCAAAGAGCUGUGCCAGCAUUGAGGAGCUCUGUGCCCUGGGUGCCCAUUAUUGAGGAGCUCUGUCUCUGUGCCCUGGAUGCCCAGCAUGCUGCCCUGGAGGAGAAGCAAGGUUGUGCUGGUGAAGAAGGAGAGAAAGGGAAAGAUUCUGAGUUACUCCUCAGCCCUGACCUGGUUCCUGGGCUCCUGCCCUGACCUCCUACACCAGAUCCCCCUGGAGCGCCUGGGAAGGGUGUUCAGCAGCAGGAGGCAGAAGGUGGAGCUGAACAGGGAGGAUCCCUGCUACACAGUGUGGUACCUGGGCAAUGCUGUGACCCUCCAUGCCAAGGGGGAGGGCUGCAUGCUGGACUCAGUGCAGAAGAUCUGGCAGAAGAGUGAGUUUGGGGGGUGCAGCUCCAAGAUGAAGCUUUCUCUGGGCACUUAUGGGAUCAGGAUGAGCCCUUGUGGAAGGGGCUCCAGGAAGCCGGUGCAUGCCUACCUACUGCACAGGAUUACUUACUGUGGGGUGGACUCUGGCCACCCCAAGAUCUUCUCCUGGAUCUACAGGCACCAGGUGAAGAACAAGGCUGUGGUUCUGAGAUGCCAUGCUGUGCUGCUCUCCAAGGCUGACAAUGCCAGGGCCAUGGCACUACUCCUGUGCCAGACCUCCAUGGCAGCCUUCAAUGAAUUCAAAAGGCUAAAGAGACAAAGUGACUUCAGAAGGGGGCAGCAGGAGCUCCUGGGGCAAUGUGUGGUACCCCUGGUUCCCCUGAGGAAGCUGCUGAAUGGGGUGUGCUCCUAUAACCCCCCAGCAGACAGACACAGGAGCCCAUCCAGGCUCAGCUCCAUCUUAGAGGAAGAGGAGGAUAAGGAGGAAGGUCUGGACAGCCCCAGGGGGUAUUCCAUGGACACCUGCUAUGUCCAGCAGGAGAGAGAUAAGAUCCUAGAACUAGCUAAUGAGCUCAGGAGGCUAAGUAUUCAGAGGGCUUUGUGCAAAAAACACAGCUGCACCUGCAAGACCCUCACCCAGCUGUCAGAGUGGAAGCCCCCCAUUCACAAUCCAGUCUGGAAGCCCCCCAUUCACAAUCCAGUCUGGAAGACCCCCACUUACAAUUCAGACUGGAAGACCCCCAUUCACAAUUCAGACUGGAAGCAUCCAGUGAGGACGAUUUGCUGACUUCCAUUACCGAGUGCCCUGCUUCCAUUCUGAGUGCCGUCAGUGUAAGGGUUAUUUCUGGGAGAUCAUGCAGAAUGGAGAUUGUCAGCUCUUCUGUACAAGGAAGGAUAUGGGGUCCUGAGGAACAGAGACAUUGUUCUGUUCUGGACUUAGGACCAUUUGAACCAUUCCCAAUCAGGUCCCAAUCAGCUGGAGCUCAGCUCAGACAGAGAAUGUAAGGAAGCCAUGUGAUUUCCUGAGCUGGGACUUUAUCACAACAGAGACUAAUUAUUAUUAUUAUUAUUAUUAUUAUUGUUACUGGAUUAUAGUUA